AUGUGGAGAGCAUAUAGACCGCCACAGUCCCGUCGUGCCCACCCGGUCUCCUCACCGGGCUGACCCGACAGACAGCGAGUGGGGACCGGCGACAACAGGGCUGACCGACCGGCACCAUGGAGCUCUUCCGCCGGUUGCACGUGUCAAGCAGGAAGUGUUUCCUUCCGCGAUAGAUGGCCACAAUGGAGCUGAGAUAACCUCUUCCCCCCCCCCCCCGACCAAUCACGGCUCUGGAUCGAGUAUAACCAUGGGAACGUGGCGUGGUCUACGAGUGGCGUUCAUCCUGGGCUCUUUGUUCAUGAUCCUGCUGAUCAUCGCCUACUGGGACGACGUCGGGGGCUUCAACCUCUACCCGCUGCAGGAGCCCAAACACGCGUCACCUCACCCUGGGACGACUACCGGGCCCUCGCGCUCUACGCACACCGGCAGAUCCCGGACCAGUUCUCCCUCCGCCGUCCCCGCUACUGCUCCAAGUGCAACGCCGGUGCCCGAGGAGACGCAUACAGAGGAGCAGGGGAAGAAGAAAAAACUAGCGCAGAGGAAGGAGGAAACGAGGGAGGAUGAGGACAAGGAGAGAAGUCGUAAUGCUGAGGACGAAAGGGAACAGGAGGCGAGGAAGCAGAGGAUCGGGGACGUGUGUUCGGGGAAGGACGCUGUCGAAUUCCCCGGGAGGACUCGGGCGUUCGAGCAGAUCCCAAACCGGGAACUGGAUCACCUGAUCGUGGAUGACACGCACCAGAUUAUCUACUGCUACGUGCCCAAGGUGGCGUGCACCAACUGGAAGCGAGUGAUGGUGGUCCUGUCUCAGUCUCUGAUCUCGCCCUCCUCGGGAAAGCCGUACACCGACCCAGAGUCCGUACCUCCUGACCUCGUACACAACUCCUCUCUCCAUCUCACUUUUGCCAAGUUUUGGCGCCACUAUGGUUCUCUGUCCCGCCACCUGAUGGCACUCAAGCUCCAGCACUACACCAAGUUUCUGUUUGUUCGAGAUCCGUUCGUGCGUCUCAUCUCGGCCUUCAGGAACAAGUUUGGAAGGCCCAACGAGGACUUCUACAAGCAGUUUGGCUCCGUCAUGCUGCGUCGCUACGGCAACGUGUCGGGCGGUUUGCCAGAGACGGCGGCGGAGGCGUUUGCAGCCGGAGUCAAGCCGUCGUUUCAGCAGUUCAUCACCUACCUGCUGGAUCCGGAGACGGAGACGGAGAGCAUUUUCAACGAACACUGGCGGCAGGUGUACCGUCUGUGCCAUCCAUGCCAGGUGAAGUAUGACUUCAUCGGACGACUAGAAACCCUGGAAACGGACGCGGAGCACCUGCUGAAGCUUCUGGAGGUGGAUCAUCUGCUCCGCUUCCCUUCAGGGGCUCGAAACCGCACCGCAGCCAGCUGGGAGAGAGACUGGUUUGCACAGAUUCCCAUAACAAUGAGGAGAGAACUGUACGAGCUGUACGAACCAGACUUUGAGAUGUUCGGGUACCCCAAACCUGACGGCACGCAGCACCAGUAGACCCCCGCCCCCCCGCCAAAGGCCGUGGGCGCUCCACCGUGUGUAGAGCCCACGCCGAGCCAGCAAAUGCCUUUGAAGACCAACCGGUCUAUGAUGCUGUUUGUUUUUAUUGUGCCUGCCAGUGUUAUUGCUUUGUUUCUUCUUCUUUUUUUUUACAUAUCUGAAGCACACCUGCUUACAAGCGGCAUUACCCCAUUCUGUUUUUCCACACGUAAAGGCACUUUGAAUAGUAUUUUAUUAGUAUUUUGAAGGGUCAUUGGGUAACUGUUGGCUGACAUCUAAAUAAAUGUUUUUGUAUAUGUGA